AUGUCAACGUUAGUCCUGAGACCCCAGGGCAGGUCCCUUUUUCAGAGGUCGCUCAAUGCGUGCCACCAGUGCCGGGGCGUGGGCUCACCGAGAUGGCAUUCGUCCGUGAGGAGCGGCUUCCAGGCGCUGAGGAAGAAGCUGCCACCGCUGGCCGACAAGAGGCUCCGUGAGCUGCCCGACAAGCCAGCCAGGACGCGUUUCGCCCCCUCGCCGACGGGAUAUCUCCAUCUCGGGUCUCUGAGGACUGCGCUUUUCAAUUGGCUUAUUGCACGGGCUACCGGCGGGCAGUUCAUCAUUCGCGUUGAAGACACCGAUCGCACUCGCAUCGUUGAUGAUGCCGUCGAGCGUCUACUUGCAGACCUUAAAUGGGCAGAGCUGAACUGGGACGAGGGCCCCGACGUAGGCGGUGCCUUUGGACCCUACGAACAGUCAAAACGUCUGGACUACUAUAAAAAGUACACCGCCCAGCUCCUGGAUGAUGGCAAGGCAUACCGCUGCUUCUGCACAGCGCACGACCUCGAGCGCCACAAGCAGCAGGUUCUCGACGAUGGCGGCGGCUCAGCACACUACCCGGGGACGUGUCGUGGUAUCUCCCCCUCUCAGGCCGAACGCCGCGCUGCCAACGGCGAGAAACACGUCGUGCGCUUCCGGAGCGAAGGCCGCCCAUCCUUCAUCGACCAGGUCUACGGCAACUACCAGAAGAACGAGGAUGAGGAUGACUUCAUCCUCGUCAAGAGCGAUGGGUACCCGACCUACCACUUCGCCAACGUGAUUGACGAUCAUCUCAUGGAGAUCACCCACGUCAUCCGCGGUGCUGAAUGGCUCAUCUCGACCCCCAAGCACAUUGCCCUCUACGACGCCUUUAAGUGGGAACCCCCAACAUUCGCCCAUGCCGGCCUCCUUUGUGCCCAGAACGGCGAGAAGUUGAGCAAGCGCAACCACGACAUUGACAUUUCGUCGUACCGUGACAAGGGGGUUCUUCCCUCAGCGCUGAACAACUGGCUGGCGCUACUGGGCUGGAGCAUGAACGAGAAGGACCUCGCCAAGGGAGGCGAGGUAUUUUACACUACCAAUGAGCUCGCCGAAAAGUUCUCCCUCAGGUUCACAAAGGGCAACAUCAAGACCAACCCAGACAAACUGGCCGUCUUCCAACGCAAACACCUCACCCACCGCCUGCGCGAGGAGAACCCCGACGAGGAGCUCCUCAAACAAGCCUUCCUUCCGCCGACAGAGAAACUCCUUGCUCACAUCGCAUCCCUCCUCCCUUCAUCUUCCACCGGAUCCUCUCCUGAAAACACCCAACCCACCAGCGAACCAUCCACAGCCACAACACCAGAGAUCCUCACCUCGCCGACCAACCCGAAGCAUUUCUUCUCGACAGCCGACUUCACCUCCCUAACACCCUGUCUCUCGUCCCUCUCCACGUCCGCUACCCACCUCCUCGAAAUUUACCGCACCCUCGCUGCCGACUCCCCCAUCGAUCCCCUGGAUCUCAUCUACGAGCACCCCUCCUUCUUUCUCCGCCCCUCGGCGCACGCCUACGUCCGCGCCCUCGAGAAUCUGUCCCUCCCGGAUACCACGACCCCUCCCCCGGUCCUCCUCGCCGACCUGCACGCCUCUCUUCGCGACAUCCACGAGCUCGACUGGAACGCGGACCGGCUGCAGUCCGUCAUCAACGACUUCUCUACGCGCCACGCCGCCUCCGUCGACCCGGAAAAGCCCGCGAGGCCGAUCAACAAGGCGACGUACGCCCUGCUGCGACUCGUGCUCACGGGCGACCACAGCCGCGGUGCUAAGCCCGCCAAGCUGCAGCUCGCGCUGCUGGGGCGCGCCGAGACCCUGACGAGGUUCGAGCUCUGCGCCGAGCAGUGA